CUCUGAUGCGAGGUUGCUGGAAAACCUGGAUCUCCGAAGAGCUACCCCCAAAGGGUCCUGCAUUGGCUAUUCCAGGGACUGUCCCAUGUUCCGGGUUUUGCACUAUAAACAUCCACACCAAUAAUAGCCAGAGAGAAAAGGAAGAGGAGAGGGGGAAAAAACUACUGAGACAACCAAAACGAAAGCGGAGACAACUAACUGAUGAUCAGAUUGAAUCCUGAGCGUUAGAUCUCCAAUAUUUCAGCAAGCUGAAUCUCCACAUUUUUGCACAGACCAACAUUGGUUGCAGAGAGAAAUGAAGUCACUGAAAUCUUCAAGACUGGGAAAUAGCUGGAUAACAACAGAAUCAACAUCACUGUUGCACUCUUUCUUAUCUACACAGUCAAUGUCUACACAAACAAGGAUGUUUACAUCUGCAAAGGCUUGACUCAGUUGGACUCAGUUUUAUCAUGAUAAGAAAUAAGUAAAAAAGACUGAACAGUUUAAUGAAGUAGGCAAACACUCAGAUAUGGGCCGUUGUCAGAUGUUUCUAGGCGUGAAAGUCAUUUUCUGUUUGGCCAGUUCACUAACAUCAUGUGAUAGGGAUGAAAAGGAAAACACUUAUCUGCCAGCCUGUUCUGAUGUCAGUGAUGCAUCAAUAGCCUAGUAAAGAAGAAAGAAAGAUUAUUCCUCCAUGAGUUGGUGCAUGAAAGGAAAGCCCCCCUGAUAUCUGUGCUGUGAAAGGUUUGCUGUUUCAGCAGCUCUAGUGUAUAUGAAGUACUAGCUGGAUUAGUAAUCUCCUCCAGGAGCAGGUCUGUACAUUUCCUCUCAUUUCACUUUGCAAAAUAAUAUUAGAAGAUGAAGCUGAAUGAACGUAGCGUGGCACAUUAUGCCACAUGUAACUCUCCAGUAGACCAUACUGGCUUUCUGUGCAAACGUGUGGAGCGACACCAUCACCAUCACCACACCACUUCUUACCAUCGCCGCUGGUUCAUCCUGAAGGGCAACUUGCUAUUCUAUUUUGAAGACCGGGAGAGCCGUGAGCCGCUGGGUCUCAUUGUGCUCGAGGGUUGCACUGUGGAGCUGUGUGAGGCUGCUGAGGAGUUUGCCUUCGCCAUCUGUUUUGAUGGCGCUGGGGGCAAGGCUUAUGUGUUGGUUGCUGACUGCCAAGCGGCUAUGGAGGCUUGGGUGAAGGCACUGUCUCGAGCCAGCUUUGAUUACAUGAGGCUAGUAGUUAAGGAACUCGAAAAACAACUGGAGGAGGCCCGGAAGAGUUUAGUCACCUGCCACAAAUUACCCAAGAAAGCCACCUCUGUGCGCAAGAGACAUCUCUCCAAUCCGGCCAUGGUACCAGUCAAGGAGCACCCUGUCAUCUUAGAGAAUGGGUCUUCCACGUGGGAUAGUGGCUGCACUUUUACAGACGUUGUCUCUUUGGAACAUUUAAAACCUCCUCCUUUGCCUCCGCGUCGCAAACCCACAGGCAGCAACGUGAGUGGAGGCAUCGCUUCUGGCCUUGCCUCUCCUGGGCAAGAAAGUCCUGUGUCUCCCGAGACAACAUGUUUCUCAAAAUUGCAUGAUUGGUAUGGUCAGGAGAUUGCAGAGGUGAGAAAGGAAUGGCUGGAUAGUCCAAAGAGAGGAGAAAGGUGGUAAGAAAAGCAUCUACUUUUGAAGUGGUUUUUUAUUUUUUAGGAAAAAAUGGAUAUCAGGUUCAUUUUUCCAGCAGUUUUGCUGCCCUUAUGGAUUGUUCUUCCAAACAACACAGUUGCCAAAGAAUUCAUAUUUAUCUCUGGAAUAUUUAAUUGCAGUUAAAAGUAUAUUGUGGGUUAGCCAUGCCCCCAAUGUAGUAUUUCUUGGGAAUCAUAAAAUAGCCACAACAUCCCAAAGAAUCAUGCAUAGUCUACCCAAGUAGAAGGUGUAUUUUCAAUAGGCUAUCAUAUUUUUUUCAGACAUUGACUGAGACUCAAAAUAGUGCUGUGGUUCUCUAUUUUGAAAUUGCAGCUUCUUGAUACAUGAGAGGGAUCUGUGUAUCACCAUCUUUUUUCUUGUAUCCUACAAUAUCUAUAUAUUGCAGUUACUUUAAGAUUUAUUGUUGAGAAGACUAUGCUGUGAAUUGUGCAGCAUGGUAAAUAUAUUCACUCACAAGAAUGAUAAUAGUAUUUAUAUGACACCAUUUAAAUAUUCAGAAUAGUUUGUGUAUAUGAAGGUUAGUUACAACAGCCUGAUGAGGUAGGCUGGCUUUAUUAUAUCCAUAUCACAGAUGGAGAUAAAGGUGGGAGAACAGUAGCCUACUCUUUAAUGACUUUAUAGUCCAAUCAAAUUUGAACCAGAAAAUAUCCAGCCAUCUCAUUGAAGUAUCCCUUACAAAAUAAUGUGUCAGGAAAUGUCCCACAUCCACAACCCAGGUAUGCAUUUUUGUACAUUUAGAGUCAGUAUUUGAAGAUUAAACUCCAAGAGAAACAAAAUAAUCUGAAUAAUAUGUGAAGGAAGUAACUAGAGGCAGCUAGUCUUCAUUGUAAUAUUGUAAUAAUGUACAACACUUUAAUCCAAGGGUAGAAAUCAUGUGGCUCUUUAGAUAGUGUUGACUGUAAUUCACAGUAGCCCCAGAUAGCUGUGACAAUGCUUGGAAUUGCUAUCCAGCAACACCUGGAAAGCUAUAUGAUCCCCACCCUGAUUUAUUUACUCAGUUUCCCAGCAUCACUCUCAAUGCAACUGUCUCCUAAGGGUGGUCUAGGGCUGGAUCUGUCCUAUAUCCCAGGAUCUGAUUCCAAAUAAAGCAGCUGUUCUUUGGCAGCUGACAUGCAUUUGAUGUCGACUUGGAAGACUGCACUCUGGCACCACGAGAUGCAGAGCCAACCUUAAGAAAUAGGGCCACAAAGAGGAGUCCACGACAUGCGAGUGUGGAGAAGAUCAAACCACUGACCAGUCUAAACCCUGCCACAUGGACAAUGGAGGACCUUCUUAUAGCAACACUAGAGACACUCCAAGUGGCCAGCUACUGGUCAAAUUUAGUAUAAUGCCAAGUUUUUUGUGUUGUUUUUUUUUAAAAAGUGUUUGCAUUUUUAAAUACAUUACAACUGUACCCUCGACUCGCUUCUGACACAAUACAUAAAUAAAUAAAUCCCAAUUUAUCUGCUUAUCCCAGAUUAUCUGGCCAUGUAGAUUCAGCGCCCUUCCACACAGCCAUAUAACCCAGAAUAUCAAGGCAGAAAAAUCUCACAAUAACUGCUUUGGACUGGGUUAUCUGAGUCCACACUGCCAUAGAUUCCAGUUCAAAGCAGAUAAUGUGGGAUUUUAUUCAGCUGUGUGAAAGGUGCCUCAUAUAAUCCAAUUCAAAGCAGAUAAUCCAGGAUCAAUCCUGGGAUAUAAGGCAGUGUAGACGUGUUUCCUCUGGUAAGGAUUCUUUACAUUAUCUACAUAAAUGCAUUGAAGUUAAAGGACACUACAUUUCAGAAUAACAUUUGAGAAUGGUUCUUUUGACAUUGAAAGGCCAGGGUAUUAAAAAUUCAAUGUUGAAAAGUCAGGUUAAGGCUAACUUCCUUUCUGUGCUUGUUAUGUGCCUUCAAAGUUAACUCCAGCUGGAUUUACACUGCAAAUGAUCUCUACAGAAAUAAUCAUUCUUUUUGUUCAAGUACACAUACUAGCAUAAUGCUACUUUCUUGACCUUUGGAUACAGUUUCUGUUUCAAGGUUUUGCACAUAACUAACCUUCAACUAUAUUUUAUUGUUGAGUCAAUGAAACUAUUAUUUACCAAGGGUGUGCUUCAGGUUCAGAUUAAUCCCAAACCAGGAAGGGGAUCAGAUCAUUUUGAGACAUGUCUGAGCGAAAGCAAGUCUCCUCCAAAGUGGAUGAAUUUGACUGUGUAUACAUACACAGUCAAAUUCUGCAGGUAUUCAGUGUGUUUCCCUCAUAUUCUCUGUGUAAAAAAACAUCACCGAUGAAGAAAAGCAGGGAUUAUUUUGGAAUUAACAGUUCCAUCUUCCAAUCUCAAUUAAACAUUCUAUCAGGGUGAUGGCAUUGCUUAUGUGGAAAUAAUACACUGCAGAAAUUUUCCACUGUUCAGUAGUUGGUAGUUCUGUCAGGAAAAAAUAAUUAAAAGAGAUUUUGUAAUGUAAAAAACCUGGAAAAAUGUAGCAUUGGAUUAUUGUUUGAAAAAUGGAUCCACAUCAAUCCAUCAUCCACCCCUUUGCAUAACUUUGGUGCCAAUUGUGCAGAAAUCUUUUUUAAAAUGUAUUGAAGUGUUUUGCAUUCACUGUAGUUUCCAUGUUACAGGGAUAUCUUUGUAGGAUGUAUCAUUUUUAUACAAACUGACCAAAACAAAAGGCAAAAAUAAAGUGCCACAAUAGAUAGUGUAUCCUUCCCUACUGCAAAUAUGUUCACCCCUUUCACUGAAAAAGGUGUGUUCUACCCUUCUGAAAUAUCUCAGGUUUCUUAAUUAGGGCUUCUAUAUUUUCAUAACAACAGUGGGCCAAAAAUCUUAGCUCCUCUUUGUUUCGAAACACCCAAUCCCUGAAAGCUGCUCUUGAACAAACUUUGGACUUAUUCCCUUCAUAAAGAGAAUUCUUUAGUGAAUUUUCUCCAAUGCUAUUUGUUUUUUGUUUUUUUAAUUAAAGAUAUGUAGCAACUCCUGCCACAUAUUUGUUUGAAAUUUGAAAGGGCUUAGUGUUUUUGAGCAUUUUCAUUAAAUGUUGAGAAGUUAAUUUCCAGUUUGCUGAUUUCAGAAAGUUAUGAAUCAUAUCUUGUAUUAAAAACUGAAUCCUAUCAGGGCACUCCAAACUUAAGCCAGUUGAAUAAAACUGCUUGGUGAGUCCACCAAUCCAGAGUCCAAAAUUAAUCUAGUCAUAUACCCCUCUAGUGUCUAGUAUUUAGUAUGAAAUCAGAAGGAAUAACUUAUUGUACUAUUCUUAGUUUAUUGCCAAUUACAAUUAUUAUUUCAUUUCUAUUUCAAUAAAAGCAGCUAUUCCACACACACACACACACACCCUUACAUGACACAGUCAUUUUAUCACAUCCUAGUGGAAUAAUUAUAUUAGUCGAGAGAAAGAACUGCUGUUUUUACUCCGAUAAAAUCAAUCUGGCAUGAAACAAGGCAGCAUUGUCAGCACUUGUGUGAAUGGCUGAUGAUGUGAACACAGAGUGAAUUACACUGUAAGCACAUUUAAUUCCACAGGCAGAUGUUUCUCCAGUUUUUCGGAAUAAUGCCAUCCCUAUCUAACAUAUCAUGUCAUACAAUAAACCCUGUAUCUUUGUGGUGCUUUACACUCUAGUAAUGAACAGCACAUUUAUAUUGCAUGUCUUUUUUUAUUAUUUUUAAAAGAUGUUUGCUUGAGCUGUGUUUUGUACCAAAAAUAUGAAUUGUAAUAUUAUUUUAUAGUUAUUUGUAGUUCAUAUCCAACAAUUGAAUAAACUAUUUUUAUGUGA